AUGAAAGACCGUUCUGGAUCGGAGUCUCCUGUCGAGAAGAGACAAGCAUAUGAAGAGCAAGUAGCCGAGGGACAAGAGUUGUCUGUUCAUGACUACAUCGCUGAAACCAGACUGUGGUAUAACGUGCCUCACUUGAGAACUUUAUCUUGGGUCAUCUUCAUCAUCACCAUCACCUCCACCAAUAAUGGUUACGAUGGCUCUAUGUUGAACGGCUUGCAAUCUUUGUCACCUUGGCAGUCUGCCAUGGGCCAUCCACAAGGUCAAAAGCUCGGUGCUUUGAGUAAUGGUGGCUUGUUUGGUUCCAUCGCUUCUUUACCUUUUGCUCCAAUAUUGGCUGACCGCUUUGGUCGUAGAUUUGUUGUUAUUUUCGGCCAGGCACUUACAGUUUUGGGUGCUAUUUUGCAGGGUGUGUCCAACAGUUACGGUUUCUUUUUGGGUUCGAGAAUUGUUAUUGGAUUUGGCUCUGGUAUUGCCACCAUUGGUUCUCCGACCUUGAUUUCUGAAUUGGCUUAUCCUACUCACAGAGAAGUUUCGACUUUCGUUUACAAUAUUUGUUGGUACUUGGGUGCUGUUGUGGCUGCAUGGGUCACAUACGGAACAAGAAAUAUAGAUGGGGAUCUUUCCUGGAAGAUUCCAUCAUACUUGCAAGGCGCUUUACCAGUCUUCCAGCUUGCUUUUUGUUGGAUGAUUCCUGAGUCUCCCAGAUUUUAUGUUGCUAAGGGUCAAAUCGAAAAGGCAAGAAAAAUUUUGUGCAAGCACCAUAUUGGAAACUCACAGGACCCUAGAGAUAUUGCUUUGGUCGAAUUCGAGUUGAGAGAAAUUGAAGGUGCGUUGGAGCAGGAGAAACUUAAUGCCGGGACAUCAUAUCUCGACUUUUUCACGAAGAAGAACUUCCGAAGAAGAGCUUUCUUAAUUGUUGUAGUUGCUACUAUGAUGCAGCUUUCCGGUAACGGUUUGGUUUCUUACUACUUAGUUAAGGUCUUGAUUUCUAUUGGUAUUACCGAGGAGAAGAAGCAAUUACAGAUUAAUGGAUGUUUAAUGAUCUAUAACUUUGUUAUUUGUCUCACAUGUGCUUCAGUUGUUCGCUACUUUAAGAGAAGAACUAUGUUUAUUGCCUGUGUGGCUGGUAUGUUGAUGUCUUAUGUGAUUUGGACGAUUUUGUCAGCAAUAAACCAACAGAGAAACUUCGAAGACAAGUCUUUGGCCAAUGGUGUACUUACAAUGAUCUUCUUCUUCUAUUUGUUCUACGAUGUUGGUUUAAACGGUUUGCCAUACUUAUACAUUACCGAAAUUUUGCCAUAUUCACACAGAGCAAAGGGGAUCAACGUCAUGCAGUUGGCUAAUGUGGUUGUUUUGGUUUAUAAUGGAUAUGUCAACCCAAUUGCUAUGGAAGCUAUCGAAUGGAAAUACUAUAUCGUGUUCUGUUGUGUUCUUGCUGUUGAGCUUGUUAUUGUUAUUUUUACUUUCCCGGAAACAUCUGGCUACACUUUAGAGGAAGUGGCUCAAGUGUUCGGUGAUGAGGCACCAGAACUCUCGCACAGACACCUUAGCACCAUUGAUGUGAGAAAAACUUCUUUGGAGCAUGUUGAAGAUGUAUAA